AUGAUUUAAAAUAGCUUCCAGCUGCCUAUAGAAAAUUUAAAAGAUGAUGAUAUUAUAAAAAUAAUAAAAUUGAAUGAAGAAGAAUUCAUAAAAGAAAUUGACUAGUAUUAAUUUCCAGCAUGUUAAAAAGAAUAGUCACAUUCUAAUAACCCUAUUUAAUAUGGUUUAAUUAAAAAAAUCUUUGAUGAAAAAGAGAACAUCUUAACAGAAAUUGAACCUGCUUGCUAAGAAUGCAUUGAAAAUGCUACAGGAAAUGUAGUUGACUUGAAGUAACUUUUGAUCAAAACCUAUCACAUCGCUAAUAUGCAGUGCGAUAAAAAUUCUUUCAAAGAGUGUAUUGAUGGUACUCUAAUUCUACUUCAAGAGAGCUUCAAGAAGUUGUAGGAAGUAAAAGAGAGAAUAGAUAUAUAUUGCGAAGAAGUUUAAGAAAAAAUUUAAACUCUUUAGAAAAAGGCAUCUUUCUAUCCUCCUGUUUAUGUGAGGGACAUACUCACAAGAAUCAAAGAUAGUAUCCAUACGAACCAGGAUGAGUAGAAUUCCACCAUCGUAAGUGAAUUAAAAAAGUUAUCAUAGCAGGUCUUUUUUGAGGAAAAGCUUAAUAUGCAGCCUGUUAUAAAGGGGGCUAGUUUAGAUGUGAGUAUGUACUAUCUGUUGUUACAUAAAAUAAAGUGUGACACAAAUAUUAUUAGCCAAUGCUUAGAUAGAGGAUGCUUUAUCCUAAAUGAUAUAGAUUAAUCUGAGAAUAUACCACAUUAUGCUGAGAAACUCAUAAAUAAUAUUAAGUGCUAAGGAAAUUAUCCUCUCUCCAGAAAUAAUCCAAAGUUUGAUAAAAAAUUUUAAGAGUAUAAGAAAAAAAUGGAAUAGGUGGGGCUGUAAGAGAAUGAACUUAACAUAGAUAAGACUAUUGAUUUUCAUAUUCUCUAUCUCUAUGAGCUUUAUAAAUUUGAAGGUUUUAAAGCUGACAGUUCAAAUUAUGAUUAUCAACAAAUUAACCAAUAAGAAAAGUUAAAAGAUAAUAUAGCAAGUGAAGACCAUUAAAAAAAGAUAGAGAAUAAGCAUCAAAGCAAUUAACUUAGCAAUGCAAUAAGAAAUUAGCAAUAUUAAAACUAAGGAGGUAUUUUCCUACUAUCAAAUUUAUUUUAAUAGUAGCAAUAGUUAAAUAGUCAUAAUAUCAACUAGCAAAGUAGAAAUGAGCAAAUAAAAAAUCCAAGAAGGAUGAGAAUAUUCGAAAAUUAUGUCUAGGAGAAGGAGAAUAAAGCAGCAUAAUCUUAAUCUUAAUUUAUUUUAAAACAAAAUAAUGAGAAUUCUGAUUAAAAUAAAUGA